AUACAUAUAUAAAUGACAUAUAGUUAAAUCUUUAAGUUCUAUGUUGUUGUGCAGCUUAAUUAAUUACACCCUUACACCACAUAAGCUGAGUUUAUCUCUGAUGUUAUCUUUGAACUGGUUUUCUCAGUAAUGUUAUGGAGUUAUAUGGCUCUGUGGGCGGAGAAGAGCCAUGAAGCAGCAUAUAGCCAGCAAGCUAACAUCUUACUUGUGUUUGUAUUUUCUAUUUUAAAAUAACAGGAAACAGGUCUCAUACUGUGAUGGCUCAUGCUGACGGGCUCUCAAAGGGUAUAAGGACUCACCACCUCAGCAAGGGCAUCCGAUUCUAUGUGAAUGAGAAUGAGGUGAAACCUGCAGUCAGUGGUCAGACCAGGCCGCUGCUUUUGAUGCUCCCGUGGCUCAACUCGAGGCCUCAGGCUCAGGAAAAGUACUGCGAGAUCUACCUUAGAACAGGCUUUGAUGUGCUGGUGGUAGAGAGCAACCUGGGUCAUUUCCUGUGGCCUCGCUGGGGCAUGGAUUACAGUGCAAAAGUGCUACAGCUGCUGGAGAGCGAAGCGUUCUCAAAGCGUCCCGUGGUGGUCCAUGCCUUCUCCAUUGGAGGAUACACGUUCGCUCAGCUGGUUGUUCAUGUGGCCAAAGACACUCAGCGCUAUCAGGGCCUAAUCGACAGAGUGAAAGGGCAGAUCUAUGACAGUCUGGUUAUCGGCUCACUGGAUCGCAUGGCUGUAGGUGUGAGUAAGACCCUGUUCCCUCGUUUUGAGCACCUGGUAAAGUACACCAGCCUCCUUUACUUCCACAUUUUCAAACGGCAGACGGUGGACUACUUUAAUGCAAGUAUUGACGUGUUCUGGAACACGCCGCUGACCUCUCCUUCACUUUACUACUUCUGUGACAACGAUGUGAUGUGUGACCUGGAGGCCACGCACAAACUGAUGGAGCACUGGAAGAGGCGGGGUAUUACUGUUACGAGUAAGAAUUGGGAGGAGUCCAUCCAUGCUGGACAUCUGCGCACCCAUCCUCAAGAGUACCUGUCAGUCCUAGAACACUUCCUUUGUUCGCUCAACAUUCUGCCUCUAAAAUCCAAAAUGUAAACGAGUGCUAAUAGAGAGACAAUCAUUUAUCUUAUUAAUAGUACUAGGAACUGUUUUUCUUUUCAGUGCAUUACUUCAGGGGGAAUUCCUUUUUCAAUGUUUCACAUUUUGCCUUAAAAUUAUUUGGAACAUUUUUAUUUCAAAGAAACAUUAUUAUAGCAUUGAUAUUGAUUUUCUUUUUCCCCUAUGUUGUGUUUCUGAAAUGUUUAAGCAGCACUAAUAUUUCAAUAUAUUCAUUAAAAAUAUUAAUAAUUUGUAUUACUGUAUACUGGUGAAUUGAUAGGACACUAACCUAUUAUUUUAAUGUAUAAAUACCUAUUUUAUGAAUAAAUUUUUAAUUAUCAAGA